GCUAUGAUGGAGUCUUGUGUCCCACCGGGGUUUCGUUUCCACCCAACAGAUGAAGAGCUAGUUGGUUAUUAUCUGAGGAAGAAAGUAACUUCUCAAAAUAUUGAUCUUGAUGUUAUCAGAGAGAUUGAUCUAUAUCGUAUUGAACCAUGGGAUCUACAAGAGAGAUGCAGGAUUGGGCAUGAGGAGCAGAAUGAAUGGUAUUUUUUCAGCCACAAAGAUAAGAAAUAUCCAACGGGGACAAGAACAAACAGAGCUACCAUGGCGGGCUUCUGGAAGGCCACAGGAAGAGACAAAUCAGUGUACGAACGAACGAAACUCAUUGGCAUGAGGAAGACCCUUGUUUUCUAUAAGGGAAGAGCCCCUAAUGGGCAGAAAACUGAUUGGAUCAUGCACGAGUAUAGACUUGAAACUGUUGAGAAUGGACCUCCACAGGAGGAAGGAUGGGUCGUAUGCAAAGCAUUCAAGAAAAGAACAAAUGGCCUAACGAAGACCAUUGAAGGAUGGGAUCCAAGCUACUUAUACGAUGAACAAGCAAGUGGUGUCAACUCUUUGGUGGACCCAAUUGAGCUUAUCUUAAGGCAACCUCAAAAUUUUUCAGCUCAAAAUUUCUUGUACAAACAAGAGAUAGAAGCAGAUAAUUUGAGCUUCAUGCAUGGAGACCAAGUGGUACAGCUUCCUCAGCUAGAAAGUCCUUCUUUUCCACUAAUAAAGAAACAAAGCUCAAUGUCCCUAGUAUCAGAUAAUAACGAAGAUGAUUAUCAAUAUGGAUCAUCCUCCAACACUAUCAACAACAACAACACAAAGAAAGUGACUGAUUGGAGAGCUCUUGACAAGUUUGUGGCUUCUCAGUUGAGUCAAGAGGUGAGGCAUGAAACAGAAGGUGUGUCAAGCUUUGCAAACCAUUAUUCUAGCUCGGACAUGGCAUUGCUGCUCCUGCCUAAUAAUAAUAAUAAGAGUAGGGAUAAUGAAGAGAACAAGUUAAACCCAUUUUUAAAUACAAGCUCCGACUGUGACAUUGGGAUAUGCGUAUUUGAAAAAUGA